AUGCGAGAAGCGGCAUAUAGACAGAGGAGGGAGCAGAGUGGCAUCCUCCUUCCUCUCUUCCGCCCCCGUCGCCGGGCCGCAGGCAGCUCACCGCCGCCGCCUCCUCCCCCCGCCCACCGCCUCCUCACCGUCCGUCCCAACCCCUUCGCGCCCCUUUGUAUCCUCCGCUAUCCGCCCGUACAGAUCCGUCCGGCGAGCAUCCUCAGCCGCCCCCGACGGGCUCGCCGCCGCCAGGACCUCACCGCUGCCCCCCUCACCGCGAAGAGAACCGAGGUCCGCCCAAGCUCCAAUUUUUCGCCUGGGGAACAGACCGCCCGCCGCCUUCUCUGCUCCACUGAAGAUACGGUGAUUCCUUCCUGCUUGGACGACUGGGAUCAUCAGCUUGCGCCGGCUGACUACAAGCGAGCCCCCAUGGCGGGGCUAGAGGAGUUAAAGAAGAAGCUGCAGCCCUUGCUGUUCGACGACUCGGACAAGGGCGGCGUCAGCACCCGGGUUCCCUUCCCGGAGGAUACAUGCGAUUCCUAUGUGGUAUCUGAUGGUGGAACGAUAAAUUUACUGAGUAGAUCGUUUGGUGAGUAUAACAUCAAUGAGCAUGGCUUUCACAAGCGAAGUACUGGGCCAGAAGAGCCCGAUACCGGUGAGAAGGCAUACCGAUGUGCAUCUGAAGACAUGCAUAUAUUUGGUCCCAUUGGAAGCGGAGCAAGCAGCGUUGUUCAGAGAGCUAUUUUCAUACCAGUUCAUCGUAUUCUGGCCUUGAAGAAGAUAAACAUAUUUGAGAAGGAGAAAAGGCAACAAAUUCUUAAUGAGAUGAGAACGUUAUGUGAAGCAAGUUGCUAUCCUGGUUUAGUUGAAUUCCAGGGUGCAUUUUACAUGCCCGAUUCUGGACAAAUAAGCAUUGCCCUUGAAUACAUGGAUGGUGGCUCUUUAGCAGACGUUAUAAGAGUCAAGAAAUCAAUACCAGAGCCAGUUCUUGCGCAUAUGCUACUGAAAGUAUUACUUGGCCUGAAGUACUUGCAUGAAGUAAGACAUCUAGUGCAUAGAGAUCUAAAGCCAGCGAAUAUACUGGUAAACCUCAAGGGAGAGGCAAAAAUUACAGACUUUGGUGUAAGUGCUGGUUUGGACAAUACAAUGGCUAUGUGUGCUACCUUUGUAGGAACCGUGACAUAUAUGUCACCUGAGAGAAUUCGUAAUGAGAACUACUCUUAUGCUGCUGAUAUUUGGAGUCUUGGACUAACGAUAUUGGAGUGUGCUACUGGUAAAUUUCCAUAUAAUGUCAAUGAAGGCCCAGCCAAUCUCAUGCUGCAGAUACUCGAUGAUCCAUCACCAGCACCACCAGAAGAUGCCUAUACACCAGAAUUUUGUUCCUUCAUAAAUGAUUGCUUGCGGAAAGAUGCUGAUGCAAGGCCUACAUGCGAGCAGCUUUUGUCACACCCAUUCAUCAAGAGGUAUGAGCAAACUGGUGUGGACUUGGCAGCAUAUGUCAGGGGUGUUGUUAACCCAACAGAAAGAUUAAAGCAAAUAGCAGAGGUGAAUUCUGUUGAGCAUAUUUCAGCUUACUGUUCUUUCUACUUCAGUUAA